AUGGUAAGAAAGCGAAACAAGGCGACGAAGGGCGGCCAAACGCAAGAGCAACAUUCACUAGCUCCUUCUGCCGCAGAGAGCGAGCAGCUCAUCGCCGACCUCUUGGCCGAGCUUGAUACUAGAAACCAGCUCGCACAACAGGAAACCUCAGUGAUCCCUCAAGCUCAAAACGGCUUGAUGGAGCAUUACCGUACUCAUGUAUCAAAGGCAAGGAAAGCGGCUGCCCUGGCUCAGAGCAUGCCUACCGCUGAUUCUGCGGCGGACGCCCAAGUGGAAUGGGAGACAAAGCAAGAAGCUGCCUUAAUAAAUCGCACGUGCGACGAGCUGGGUGUCCAGAUACAUGAGAUAAACCCAGAUGGCCAUUGCCUGUUUUCUGCAAUCGCGGACCAACUCGCUCUUCUCAACAUAUUACCUUCCAGUCAAGCUAAUUACGCCACAGAUGGGGUGGGAGCGACUGCAGAUAGCGGAAUAAUGACUGCGACACAGUUUGAGCGAUACUGUUUAUUGAUCAGGGAUACCGGUGCAUGGGGUGGUGAACCAGAAAUUCUUGCGCUCAGCAAGGUUUAUGGUGUCCCUAUCCUUGUCAUACAAGGCGGAAAUCCGCCGAUAGUGGUCCACGAUCCUAGUGAUACCCUAGUUGAUCCUAAGGAUCGUCACCUAAAGGCAGCUCGUAUCAGUUUUCAUCGCCGGAAGUAUGGUCUAGGAGAACAUUACAAUUCUUUGAGACCCAAGCAUACUCUUGCCACUGUUACCGACAAGAUUCAGUCGAUCUUCAGCUAG